AUGGCUUCUUCUUCUUUUUCUUCACUUUCACUCACUUUGCUUUGCUUUCUCUUGAUUUUGAUUGUGUCUUCAUCAGUAGCCCAGACCUCAUCACGUCCGAAGGCACUUCUUCUGAAGGUAACCAAAGAUGCCAAAACACUUCAAUAUGUCACUCAAGUUUCCCAAAGAACACCUCUGAUACCUGUCAAAUUGACCCUCGAUCUUGGUGGCGACUACAUGUGGGUCAACUGUGAGCGAGGCUACACCUCCUCCACCUACCGGCCGGCACCUUGUGGUUCCGCCGCAUGCCAACUUCUGAACACCACUUCAUGCACAACCGAAUGUUAUUCUGCACCAGCUCCCGACUGCUACAAUAACACUUGUGGCCAUGGACCUACCAACUCCGUCGCUAAUACCGGCACCAGUGGUCAGCUUGGUGCAGAUGUAUUCGCCAUACAGUCAACCGACGGAAAGAACGUUUUGCAAGUCGUUACCGACCCUCGUCUUUAUUUCGUCUGUGGAAAUAACUUCAUUGAAGCUGGUCUUGCUAGUGGGGUUACUGGCAUGGCUGGUCUUGGAAGAACCGGAGCUUCACUUCCUGCACAGUUAUCUUCAUAUUUUAGAUUCGAUCAGAAAUUUGCUCUCUGUUUGAGUUCCUCAACCAGAUCAAGUGGGGUUGUGUUCUUUGGGAAUGGACCAUAUACGUUGCUUCCAAAUGUUGAUGCUUCCUCAUCUCUUACCUACACCCCUCUCAUCAUAAACCCUGUUACUGAAAAUGGGUUUUUGGGUGACGCCUCUCCUAAAUACUUUAUAGGAGUUACAUCAAUCAAGAUCAAUGAUAAACGCGUCCCAAUCAACCAAACCUUGCUGUCCAUCGAUGCUGAAGGUUAUGGUGGGACAACUAUUAGUACUGCCGAUCCUUACACCGUCUUGGAAACUUCAAUCUACACUGCUGUUGUCGCUGCAUUUGUAAAAGCAAUGCCCAAGAAUGUCCAAAGGGUUCCUUCAGUUGCACCCUUCGGAGCUUGUUUUAGCUCCAACAACAUCAGUAGCACUCGUCUGGGUCCUGCUGUGCCUUCGAUUGACCUUGUUUUGCAAAGCAAGAGUGUGUCUUGGAGGAUAUUUGGUGCCAACUCCAUGGUUGAGGUGAAAAAGAAUGUUUUGUGCCUUGGAUUUGUUGAAGCACGUACGGAUUUCCGACCUAGAUUUGCAGUGGUUAUUGGAGGGCAUCAAAUUGAAGACAAUCUGUUACAGUUUGAUCUUUCGACAUCAAGGCUAGGAUUCAGUUCCUCGCUUCUUGGUCGAUCAACAACUUGUGCUAAUUUCAACUUCACAUCAACUGCUUGA